AAAAAAAAAAAAUUUAGCUUCUUCUUCCUCUCUAGGACACACAGCAGACAUGCAUUCUGUUUUGUCUUGAACCCAUCCACCUCUCCCUUGUUUUGCCUCUCCCUAAACCCUCACAACCAUUUCUCUACAUUCCAUGGUCACAGUGCACCAUUGUUUCCGACGCUUCUCUAUAUCUCUACUGCACACACCCGAAUACCAACUCCAACCCAACACGCCCACUAAGUGACUGAUAAAUGGCCUCAGAGAAACAAGAGCCCACCGCAAGAGAAUUCGUCAAGGGAAAGUGGACCACGCAAGAAGACGAGAAACUAACCGAGGCUAUUGCAGUUCAUGGUGCAAAGAAGUGGAACUCAUUAGCGUCGAAAGCAGGGCUGAAUCGGAAUGGCAAGAGUUGCAGGCUGAGAUGGGUGAACUAUCUGAGACCCAACCUCAAGAGAGGCGACAUGUCUGACCAGGAAGAGGACAUGAUUAUUAGGCUGCACAAGCUUCUUGGAAAUAGGUGGUCUUUGAUUGCGGGAAGAUUACCGGGUCGAACAGACAAUGAGAUAAAGAACUACUGGAAUACCCAUUUGAGCAAGAAAAUUAACCAGAAAGAGAAGCAAAGUAGCAAUGGAUCUAAUUCGACAAUACAAAUUCCCACAGUUGACGAGAAACCAAGUGUAGCAGAUGAUGAUCGGAAGGUCCAUGUAGAAAUGAAGCAAGAGUGCUUAUCAUCAGGAGUGGGUACAAGUGCGGCUCUAAUAAAGAAAGAGGUGAUGAUCGAUCCUGAGGAUUACUCCAACACCAACAUUAACAAUAUUGAUGUUGAUGACUUCUUUAAUCUCCUCCAUAAAGAACCUUUGAGUUGGGAGGUUCCGCAAAUUCCUUGAACUAGAAGAUGCAAGGUUGCUCCACUGAUGUUAAAUAUUUGAUGAAUCUAGUAGGUUUCAUGUGAGUGCACUAACACUUUUGGAUGCUCCUAUAAUCAUGAUUUUUGUAAAUUAUGUUUAUCUAACUAUCUAUCAUGAACGAAAUGUCUACCAAAUCACUUUACCAUGAUCUGCUAUUAAGUGUCUAUCCCUUGUAUUACACUUGUAAAAAUCAAUGCAUCUCCGGGUGCUAUUUGGAUGU